AUGGUGUACUAUGGAGUGGUAAGCAAAGGCUGCCAACGCUGUCGCCAGCGCAAGAUCAAGUGUGACCAGCGAAAGCCGGUGUGCUUGAGGUGUGAGAAAGCGAAGAUACAAUGUCCUGGCUUCCGGGACCUGGCCGACAUCAUGUUUCGUGAUGAGUCUAAACGAAUCAUUCGGAGAUCUCGCAUGCUCCAUGAGGGAGCCCAGGUUAAACAACCAAGCGCAGCUGUGGUGCAGGAAGUCGUCCCCGCUCUUUCGACGGUUUCCGCAGUUUCAGCUUCCCCACCUCCCAUCAGCAUCCCGUAUGCCCUUUCUCAACCAAUCAAUGAAAUUGCGGCCCAUUUCUUCUUCGCUCAUUAUUCCUGCGAUGAGCCGCCUCUCUCCAAGGAAUAUCAUACCUGGCUGAUGCAGAUGUAUUUCGAAGACCGCUCAAUGAAUAAUAUUCGACCAGCCAUUGAGGCAGCCGGCAUGGCAGGCAUCUCUAACAUAUUCUACGCACCAUAUAUUGCAUGGAAGGCCAAGGAACAGUACGUUCGAGCCUUAGUGGCCACGAACGAGGCUUUGGGUGAUCCGGUCGAAUCGAUUGCGGAUACGACGUUGAUGACAGUCAUCCUAUUAGGACUAUUCGAGUUCAUUAAUAUCGAGGAUUGGGAUCACUAUCGUUCAUGGGCCGCUCAUAUCGAAGGUGCUACAGCUCUUCUACAGCUCCGAGGCCCAGAGCAAUUUAACUAUGAACUUGGAGGACAGUUGUACAUGCAACUCCGCUCUCAAAUAUUAUUUGCUUGCACGCAACAGGGUGUCGCCGCUCCCCUGGCCUUACUGCAAAUAAGUAACACUUACAGAGGCAGUUUCAUGGAAAAACAUCGCAAGAAGAAUAAACCGAGCCCCAUGGGUGACAUAUAUUUCCGACUUCUCAAUCUGCGCUCAGGAAUUAGAAGUCGUAACAUAUCAGAUCCGAAAGUCAUCCGGAAGGCUGCAGUUGAACUUGACAACGAUCUGCAAGCUUGGAGGGCAACUCUUCCCUCGAGCUGGAUUUAUGCUACAGUUGAUGCUGGCAACACUUCUCCUGGCACAUAUUUCGAAAAGAAGCGUCAUAUCUACAGCAGCCCUUGGACUGCACAGGUUUGGAACAGCUGGCGUACACAGCGAAUACUAGUUAACCAGAUCAUGCAUCAAAACGAAAUUCAUUACGAUGCUCCUAAUAACGCCAACCACCCAUCGGCCCUUUCCAUUAUCCGCCAAAUGUCCACUGAAAUCUGCAUCUCCGCUCCUAAUUUCAUAGGAUCUCCACGUAAGUAG